UUCAUCUUGAAUCUUUCAUUCAAACUAUUUUGCACUUUUUUUUCCUGAAAGAUUACCGGUGGCUGUGUAUUUUGUAUUCUGAAGUUUAUUCAGGAUUCAUUAUUUGCAGCGAUUUAUAUGGAUUAGUGUUGAGUUUAUACACAUAUUUGGGGGAUUUUGAAAAACAAGAAGCAGAAUUAGAGGGUUAGGCUUUCGUGAUACCUUUCAAGAACGGCUUGGCAGAUCUCGGUAUCGAUUUUGAUGUUUGUAUCAGAGAAUUUGCUCGGGUACAAGAAUCUACCAAGGCAGGCAUCCAGAAUGUGUGGCAGAUUUGUUCUAGGAUAUCAAGAAGGGAUUGAUCAUAUUAGAAUUAGAAUUUUUACCGUAUAUCAAAAUCAAAAAUGUUGAACAUCUGAAUAUGGGUAGGAAUAAAACCAUGGUCCGUCGGAAAUUAAUCUAAACCAGAUCAGAUAUAUGAAUUCCUGGUCAGGGAAUUAUCACAGGUGCAUUGAUGUGAAGGGUGGCAUAAACAGUAAUCAGUGGUUAUGCAAUCCAUCCUCUGAAGAAUAUUAUAGGAUUAAAUUCAUAAAAUAAACGUAAUCAUCCCGUCAUCUGUUUAAAUGGAAACCCUUGUAAAAAAAUAUUUCAUUACUAGCAUUUGUGUAGCGCAGAAGACAAUUAUUUUCUGGGUAGUUUUGAUUUGACAUUAUAAGGUUUUGAGUGAACUAGUAUAUACUUGCAUGUCUGUCACAAUAGUAAGUAUGUUUAUAGCUUUUGGCAUUUCAGAAUUUUGUCUUAGGUGAGCAAGGCAGUGUCUGUAUCUCAGUAGAUGUAGAUUUUGUUUAUUAUGGAUUCGAUUGACUAAUUGAGAAUACUAGCUUUGUAUUGAAUUUUGCAUGUUAUUAACAUAAUACAUCGCCUUUGCAUCUGGUGAAUCAUGAAUGAAAGCAGCUUUGAAAUCUACAGCAUGAUGCAUCUUCUGCAAUCUACUAUUUUUGGAUGACGAUGAUUUGACUCAUAAAUUGAGAUCAUGUGAAGAAAGUUGGAAACUGAUCGCAGGAUUGCGUGAAAAAGUGACUCCACAAACUUUGCGCGAUAUUGUUACAAAAUGUGGGCUUCCAAAUGCUGGUUCCGUAACUGAUAGUUUAACUCAAGAUCCGGUUGCAUAUACGACGCCUGCCCAAGGACCAGUACGAUGGCUAACAAUGGCUGAUAUUAAAGUACAAGCAGUAAAAGAAAUGUGUUAUGAAAUUGCCUUAGCUGGUUUUUGUUAUAAUAGCUCUGAGAUUGUUUCGCUUGCAAAAAUAAAAAUGAAAGCUUUGUGUACCCGUUAUGGUAAAAAGAAUCCAAAUGAAGAAGCUUUGUGGCAUUCAGUUGCAAAAGAUGUUAUGGAUACUGUUGGUACAUCACAUGCUGGUGAUGAUUUAUUUCAAAUGCAGAGUUGUGAUUCGAUUGUGAAGGAAACUUCUGAAGAUGUGAAUGUUGGCGUUGAAGUUAAAAUUAUUAUGGAUCAAAUGUUGGAUGAUGUUUGUGAGAAAAUAGAAGAAGACAAAAAUGCUGCUAAAAUUGAUGAAGAAAAAAAUGGUAAAGAUAUUGCACAUUUUGAUCAGGCUAUUAACAAGCUUAAACACCUUGUUCAAAAAUUGAGUAUUUCGCCUGAUCAGUCAAAUGAAUUGUCUGACAAAAUAGUCAAAAUGAUUUUACAACAUGUUGAUGAUGAUAACUUGGAUUCAAAAUCUGAUAAGGUAGAUAAUGGUUCGAGUGAGCAGCCUGAUAAAAGCACUAUUGGUGAUAAAAGUAAGGAUAAUGAUAACGGAAAUCUUGAUGAAGAAAGCAUGAAAUCAUUGUUGGAAAAUGAUAAAACUUUAUCACCUAGAUACAUAAGAUCCAAUGAUUUUAGUUGUCCUUCACCUGGUGUUGUUCUGCCAUAUGAAUUUGAAUCGAAAGAUAAACAAAUUGAAUGGUUAAUGGAAAAUGAUAAAGCUUUUAGACGUGGAAGACUACAAUGGAUUGCGCAACAGAAAAAUUAUGAAAAAAAUAUGGAGCUGAGGAAACAGAAUAAAGAAAAACGAAGGGUUCAACGUGAAGAACAAGAAAAGAAAAAACAGGAUGGAAAAGAUACGGGUUUCAGAUUUAAAUUCAAAGGAAAUAGUUCGAGCAUGAAUAAGCUGCAACAAUAUAGAACUAGACGUCAAACGAUCGCUUGCGGGAGAGAUCUGGAAGACAUGGAGUCCAGUGAACAAAACACCUCUGCAAACAAAGAAAAAUAUCGAUGGAGCGCAGAUUUUAGCCAAAAUCGAAAUGAUAGUCAAUUUAUGGGCCAAAAUGGCAAUCAAGAAAGACCUACCGGUAAACGUCAGAAAUACACAGCAUAUAGAAGAAAAACGUCUUAUAACAGUCAAAGCUGGCGACGACCGACUUCAGAUGUGAUUGAAGAGACCCCAGACUUUGCAAGACAAAAUUUUUAUAUUAUGAAUGGAAGUCAACAAUUAUCAAAUAAUAAUUAUGUUCCUCCACAAAUGCCUCACUUUCAUCGCAUGCCACAGCAACAACCAUUGUUUUUCGAUGAUCAAUGCAUGAAUAGAAAUGUUAAAUUUAACAGCGUUCCACAAUUAGCCUUUUCACAUCAGCAAUCAUUUCAAAACAGGCCAACACAAAUGUAUUAUCGUCCUCCACAUAGACAAAAGUAUUAACCACUUUCUUUUAUUUGUCCAAUUUUAUUCUUUUAGAACAACAAAACUUCACAAAAAUUUGAACAAUGCUAAAAUUAUUUAAAUUUCUGCUCUUCCAAUUAUUCAGCAUUAAAAAAAAUUCUAUUCAUUUUUACUUCACUUUUUCAUAAAACAUUUUGACUUUUAGCAAUUUUGUUAUAAUGUAAAUUAAGUUUUAUGCUUUAUUUUACCUAGACAUGAUUCGGGUAUGGUAUAUUAGAUGUUUAGUAAUUUAUUACUAUUACCCAAUUUAAAUAUUUCAUCAUCUAAGUUUGUUUUGAAGAUAUUUUCCCAAUCACAUACAAAUUCUAUAUAGUGCCUUUUUUGUAAUGUUUUCCACUUUCAUACUUUGCACUUUUACCCUAUUGGUGCCAUUAAACUAUUUGUCUUGCCUUUCAGCAUGAAAAAUCAUCUAUCGUGUGUGCCUCGUUGUGUUACCUAUGAAACAUUCAACUGUAAUUUUAAUUACAUUGUCAUACUUUGAAA